AUGUAUGUUCGACAAACUGGUCGAUCGACAAAUAAAUAUAUUGUUUCGUUGACCAGGCUAUUAAAUAUAUAAUUCUAGUCUACGACAUUGCUUGUCAUGAACUAAGUAUGUAAUAUAUGCAAACAUAAGUUAGAAAAUUCAAAAUAUUAUUCAAAAGUUCUGUUUCGAGUGAAGUCUACUACAAGUCGCAGCAACUAUUGCGCUCAAUCGAUAGUAUAUUUCAUUUCUGUCAAAUGAAUAAUGGCAGCAACGGCGAUUGAUAGUAUGAUGAUGCAAAGUAAUGGGUUUCAGUCAAAAAAGAAAGAAGAGGUAGAGAAUGACAAUUUAUGGUCUUCUAUUUUGGCAGAAGUACAAAAUAGUGGUAACAACAAAUUACCAUCAAACAAGAACAUCCUUGUUUUAGGUGAUAAUGAAAGUGGAAAAACAACGCUUAUUGCUAAAUUGCAAGGUGUAGAAGAUCCUAAAAAAGGUUCUGGUUUAGAGUUUGCAUACAUUGAUGUGAGGGAUGAUUACAGAGAUGAUCAAACUAGGUUAUCUGUAUGGGUAUUAGAUGGUGAUCCUGGUCAUGCAAAUCUUUUAAGAUUUGCAUUGAACGCAGAGAGGUUUCCACAUACUCUUGUAAUGUUGGUAGCUGCAAUGACUACUCCAUGGGCUAUUCUUGAUCAACUUCAAUCUUGGGCUGCACUUUUAGGAGAUCAUAUUGACAAACUACCCUUAGACAAUGAUACUAGGCAACGAUGUAGACAAUUUAAUAUAAAAAAAUGGCAGGAUUAUACAGAACCUGGAGAUGAAUUAGAUCCUGGUAGUCCCUUAAGGCGUACUAGUCGUAAUUUAGAUGAUGAAGCGAUUGAUAAUUUACCAUUACCAGAAGGAGUACUUACGACAAAUUUAGGCCUCGAUGUUGUUGUUGUUAUAACAAAAACCGAUUAUAUGUCUACUCUUGAGAAAGAGCAUGAUUACAAGGACGAACAUUUUGAUUUUAUGCAACAGUGGAUAAGACGAUUUUGCUUACAGUAUGGAGCAGGAUUGUUCUAUACAUCCGCUAAGGAAGACAAAAAUUGUGAUUUGCUUUAUAAAUAUCUUACACAUAGAAUAUAUUCACUACCAUUUAGAACACCUGCUUUAGUUGUUGAAAAAGAUGCUGUUCUAAUUCCUGCUGGUUGGGAUAAUAUGAAAAAGAUUAGUAUUUUACAUGAAAAUUUACAGUCAAUGAAACCAGAUGACUAUUACCGAGAUAUUAUUGCACAGCCACCAAUAAAUAGAAAAUGUGUGGCUAGGGAGGUGGAAAUUCAAGCAGAAGGAGAACAAAUUUUCUUGGCUAAACAGCAAGCUGCGUUACUAGGAUUGAAAGAUCCAACACGGUCUCCCACAACUAGGAACCAGGUGGCAUCGCCAAAUAAAAAGUUAGACCUCAAAGGUACUGGUGCCACACAAUCUGGAGAAGGUGUUUUAGCUAACUUUUUCAACUCACUUCUUCACAAAAAGACUGGAACUCCAGGAUCACCGGGUAGUUUCGGCACGAGUCCCAUUUAAAUUGAUUCAACACCAGUAAACAAGGCAACCCCGCGCGUAAUGGUAAAGUCGUGAAAUUAUUGAACCAUCUUAUUUAAAGUAAUUUAGAACUAUAACUAAUCUUACUAAAAAAAAUCCCUCCUUCCAACUUAAAUUCAUUAUGUGAAUGUUAACAAAAAUAUUUCUUCUUUGCGACUCAUUUGUUAAAUUAUAAGCUGUUCAUGUAAGUAUGCAAAUAAAAUUUUAAGAAUAGUUCUCACAGUGAUAACAUAUAUUUCAUGAUUUUAAUUACAUAGUUGGUUGUAUUUUAAAUGAAUACAUUAAUGUUAUUAGGCUGCCUUUAUAUUUGUAAGAAUGAUGUAGUUAUACUUGUAUAAUAACUUGCAAUUAGAGUAAUUUACUAGUUUAUGUUGAUUUAGAUCAAUCAAUUUCUCCUCAUUAUAUUCUGUGCCACAUUUUGUGGUUUAAAACAGUUUCACAAUUUAAUAUGCAAUUAAAAUACUCGUAAAUAAUAACAGUAAUAUGAUUAGCAAUGAAAUUGAAUUUAUAAAAUAAAUUUAUAAAAUAAAUUGUGCAAAGCACAAAUAUGUAGCCAAUUUCGUUU